GCAAGAGAAAUUAGAAAAGGACUCAUGUCCCUGUGUUUAAAAAUGGGUUGUUCACCUGUUCUAGAUUCUAAUUUGGAUCGAAAUGUCACAAUAAAAAUUUGUUUUUUCUUAUCUUUCGUGGUGUGUUUGUUCAAACGACGCCGUUAGAAGCUGGUGCGACACAGACCUCUCGUUUCGUCAAAACAGACAAUGGAAGAGUUUCUUCUGCCUUCUUCCCCGUGAAAACUCUUCCUUUGUGUGUUUUGGAAACAGAGUCUCUAUGAAUAAAUCGAAGCAAUAUACAACUUGAGAAGACAUAAGAAAAAUUCUAAUGGGUUUCAUCGCUCUGCAAUCUUGGAGCAGAGGAGCUUCAACUUCUCUUCAUCUCCUUCGCCCUCGUCCAGUUGUCUCCAACCCUAAGCUAUAUGAUGCUCCAGCAGUACAGUUUAAGUUUGAUGUAAGAGCCUCUUCGAGUCGUAAAUCACCUAAGAAACUCAGAAGAGAGUCUCAGCAAGGUAAAGACAUAACCACAAGAACUGUCACCGAGAAAGAAGAAGUAGUUUCUUCUCCAAAAUUUGAGGAAGCUCAAGUUGAUACUCCAACUUCAAAGGAUUCUACUGUUGAUGUUGUUGUUGCUCCACGAGACAAAGUGCUUCAGGCGUGCACUGUAACUUCUGGUUUAAUGUCUGCACUUGGUCUAAUCAUUAGGAAGGCGUCUCAUGUUGCUUCGGCUGAAGGAUUACCGGUCCACGACUGCUCUAGUGACAUACCAUUUGGGUUUGAAACUUGGCAUCUCGGGUUAGUUGCUGGAAUUGUUGUGUUUCUAUCAUCAAGUAGGUUCCUGCUACUUAAAUCUUGGCCAGAUUUUGCUGAUUCUAGUGAAGCAGCGAACCGACAGAUUCUUACUUCACUUGAGCCUCUAGAUUACCUUGUUGUUGCAAUGUUGCCUGGAAUUAGUGAGGAGAUGCUCUUUAGAGGUGCAUUGAUGCCUUUGAUCGGAACCAAUUGGAACGGUAUUGUAGCGGUUGGACUCAUCUUCGGCUUACUUCAUCUCGGAAGCGGAAGAAAGUAUUCUUUUGCAAUUUGGGCGUCGAUUGUUGGUAUAGUCUAUGGUUACGCAGCGGUUUUGUCGUCGAGUCUUAUUGUUCCAAUGGCAUCUCACGCUCUCAACAAUUUGGUCGGAGGUUUGUUGUGGCGACAUAGUUCCAAGAUCAAGUCACUGGAGUGAAAUAUACAAAAAUUUACACAGAGGGGCUAAAUUGAAAAGCUUACAAUUUUAGUGGGUGUUUAUGACAAAAUUACUGUACCAACAACGGCUGCCACAAAGGACAAAGUGAAAUUGGAUCUUUCUACGUUAAUGAAGUGAAAAGUGAAUAACCAAUCAUCAAAUCUCUUGCUUUUUUUAAGUGUAUAAGUACUAUUCCAUGAAAUUUAUAUAUUAAAAUUAUAGAAAUUGUAUUUUUAAAA